UUAAUCACGAUACGAGUUUAUCAUCAAAAUUUUUGAUGGGAUGUGGCCUGACCUGACGACGUUACUCAUAACUUGGCUAUUCUAUUUCUCUUCAGUGGUGGUUGUUCGAAAACUCAUCAGGAAACCGUAUCAGCUACAACUUAUUGUCGUGUUGCAUAACUUGUUAUUGGCUUUGGCUAGUUUAUGGAUGUUCGUAGGUAUAACCAAGGCUCUGAAAGACACCUGGAGUAAAGAUGGCUGGAAAGCUAUCUAUUGUCCUUAUUCGACGAUGACUGAAGCAUCACUCUUCUCAUUUUCAUCACCUUCCAUCAUCUCUUGGUUAUAUAUAUUCCACUUGUCCAAGUUUUAUGAGUUGUUGGAUACGUUCAUCUUGAUUUGUCGUGGAAAGCAACUUACUUUUCUUCAUGUGUGGCAUCAUGCUUCCGUUUUGUUGGAAACGUGGGCGUGGGUCCGUUUUGGUCUCACUUUUGCAAGUUUGGUGUGGAAUGCUCUUCAAUACUUUUAUUCAUAUUUGGAUGUACGCUUAUUUUGCUGUUUCGGCUAUGCAUAUUCAAGUGCCUUGGCGAAGAUGGAUAACAACGAUGCAAAUUAUCCAGUUUGUAUGUUCCUUCUUAUUGAGUAUUCCCUAUCUCUAUUGGCAAUGGAGAACGACUCAUAGUUGUGGUGGUAUACCUGCUUGGAUAAUUAGCAUCGUUUGUAACGGUUCUUAUUU